AUGUUUGCCGCGGCCGCCUUCCUGACACAAUGGCGGCUCUACCUGCCACCGGCAUCCGGCUCAGCCAUUCACGCUCUGUCCGGCUGGCUGCAGUGGGCCGCUAACCCCUGCGGCGUGCCAUUGGCUCACACUUCCGCCUCGACAAUGUGGCCGCACGCGCCCGCGCUCACACCUCCUGUCCCUGACACAAACACCUCAUUUCCGCAGCUUGCUGUUGACUGGGGCGGCGCCGGCAGCGGCGGCGCGCGUCGCGGGCAGGCAGCGCCCAGAAUAGCCGAGGAUGGCCGGCCGCGGCCUGUUGCAACGCACCUCACCUGCCCGCCAGGCUAUUACUGCCCAAAUCUUUCACAAGCUCCCCCGCAGGUGACGAACGCUCCGGCGCUAAAAUCGACGCCGCCGCUGCGUUACGAAAGUCACCGAAGAGGUGGCGCAAACGGGUGGCGAGCCAGCGACGUACCGCACCGCAGUGCGCUGCCCGACCGUAACGGAACUGACCCGGACGCCGCCGCAGCGGCCGACAACCUCCAUCCAGGCGGCGCCCAACGGGACGCUGCUGGCUGGCUGGCUGGCUGGCCCACUAUCGCCUCAGCGCAGCUCGGCUUCACCGCCGUGUUCCGGCCCGCUUUACGAAACCCAGCCCCGGAACCCGGGCGCGGCCCCGAUUUCUCGGGCGUCCACAGACUAUACCCCCACAAUCUUGAGACGAUGAGAGGGUAUCCUAAUAUUAGCGGCGGACAGCUCUCCCGCGAGCGCGCUGUUUUUUGCGCCGCCGUGGGCACCGGAAGCGGGAGGAGGCCGGGGACCACCGCGGAGCCACGCCUGCGCACGUGUGCCCUCGCCGUGGCUGUGGCUGUGGCGGUGCCGCAUUGCGCCACGCGUGGGAGGAGCGCGGCCGUGCGGGGGCGGACGGGUUGCGGCGGCGGCGGCGGCGGCGGCGGCGCUAGCUGCGCCGGCCCGCUCUGGGCUGGGCCGGCGGCCUCUUCCGCAUACUACUGUGCCCUGCUGCGCUAA